AUGGUAGCAGCAAUAAUGCAGACGACAACAACUCUCCUGACGACAGUGGUCGGAAUGUCCACUACUUUAGCAUCGAGUUCCAUAUCUUCGCAAGGUAGUCUCUCUAUGAGUGCAACAACAGCAACGACAAUAGCAACAUCAACACAUUCUACACCGUCAAAUCUAUUAUUUUCUAAUGUUGCAUCUCAGCCGAAAUCCUCUUCAGCAAGCACAAUUGGGCUGUCAAUCGGGCUGCCCAUCGGAAUAUUCUGUUUUGGGUUACUUAUACUUUUGUGUUAUUUUUACCUCAGAAGAAAUUCGGUGUCCAUUUCAAAUCCACCUAUGUCAGCUACGACUCCAAACGAGAGAGAGUAUCGUCGUCGCACUGGUUGGUUCUCGCGAAUAUUUCGGCAGAAUAAACAAGAGUAUCAGAAUUCAUAUUCUAAUCGUGAUAUUGAGAAGUAUAACGACACCCAGUGGACCUCUGGGGAUAAUAUGUCUGCAAAAAUACAGUACAAAAUUUCCAAACCCAUAAUACCGCAACAUAUACUGACACCCAAGAAAACAGUCAAGAAUCCAUAUUCCUGGUCCAAUAAAAACAUUUCAUUAGACCCCAAAGUGAAUGAAAUGGAGGAAGAGAAAUUUGUGGACGCCUUCUUGUAUACAAAACCACCGAAUAUUGUGCAUAUUGAAUCCAACAUGCCCUCAUAUAAUGAUUUACCUUCUCAAAAAACGGCUUCCUCAAACAAAGCUGCGUUGAAAACAGGUGAGAAAUGGAACUAUGAGUCUCCACUAUCUAGAUGGUUCUUGAGGGGCUCUACGUACUUUAAGGAUUAUGCCUUAUCAAAAACGUCCUUAAAGACUUCCACAGCGGCUCCACAACUGAAGCAAAUGAAAAUGCUCUCCCGGAUAAGCAAGGGUUAUUUCAAUGAGCCAGGUGUAUUGCCAGAUGAGCGAUCGCCCAUCUUGGAGUACAAUAGCACUCCCCUGGAUGCAAAUGACAGUGUGAAUGACUUGGGUAAUAUCACACCAGAUUCACAAAUCACAUCUUAUCGCGACAAUAACAUUGAUCUAAUCAUGGCAAGACCGAAUUCAGUGAUAUACGGUACUACUUCAAAACAAACUUUGGAAACCAAUUUCAGCGAUCGUCAUAUUCGCAAUAAUAGCAUUGAGAAGCACAAAUUGAUAAUACCCACAGCAUCAAAACCACCAAAAAAAAGAAAAAAAAGAAGACAAAGUAAAAUGUACCAGCAUUUACAGCAUUUGUCACGUUCCAAACCAUUACCACUUACUCCAAACUCCAAGUCUAAUGGAGAGGCCAGUGUCCAAUUAGGGAAGACGUACACAGUUAUCCAAGAUUAUCAACCUAGAUUGACUGACGAAAUAAGCAUCUCAUUGGGUGAAAAAGUUAAAAUUCUAGCUACUCAUACCGAUGGAUGGUGUCUGGUGGAGAAGUGUGAUGCACGCAAUGUCGGUGUUCACGUCAGUGUUGACGAUAAAAGAUACCUCAACGAAGAUAGAGGAAUUGUGCCUGGUGACUGUCUCCAAGAAUACGAUUGA